AUGAGGGCCUUCCGCUACCUCGUGCCGAUCCUUGUCGUCUUGUCGUGGGUGACAUGCUUUCCCCCUCAAGACCUGCCAGACAUCCUGGACCUACAAGACGCUCAAGCCCUACAAGACACCCAAGACCUACAAGACGCCGAGUCAGCAGAUAGGACUCACAAGAAGAAGACGAAGAAGAAGAAGAAGAAGGUAAAAGUCUGCCGUGGGCCAAUUCAACUCGACCCGGAUUACAUCAAUGAGUACUGCACUGCGGGAAUAGUCUGCGUCGUCCUGCCCUCGUGCGCCUACGCAGUGGAAGCGCCUGGCGACCACCACUGCAGAAAGCUCGAUAGGAAAGGAAAUGGCCGACAACUUUGCAUGUACAAGACAAACUAUUUCCAAAGCGAAGAUGUUUAUGCUUUCUUCAGUUGCGAUAUAAUCACCUUAGCGCCGGCUACGUAG